AUUCACGCUACGUGCUUCGCGUUACGACAUAACCAUUUUCACUUCCUGUGUGGAUGUUCGUAGGAGAAAAUAUGCCAUCUUUCGAAGCUGUGCAACAUAUCCCUUGUUUCCAGCUCCUCAAAGUGGCCUUUGGCAUCCUCGUAUUGUUGCAUGGAACCGCUGCUGAUAAACUGGAUACUAGGCUCAAUCGUGACGGUUGUGGUGAGUCGGAACCGACAGGGAGGAUAUACAGAGGCAAGGAAAUCAGCAGGAAGCAAGUUCCGUGGAUUGCACACAUUCUGACGUACUGGCAUGACGAAAACUCACACUGCGGCGGAAGCAUCAUAACAAGCAACGUGCUGCUCACCGCCGCGCACUGUGUGAUAAGGCCGCCGGUAAAGCCGACAAAGGUUAUGGCCAUUUGCAACUCAACGAAAGUUUUUGGGAAGCCAGACAUGUCUGACUGGAUGUCUGUUGAGAGCAUGGUGGUGCAUCCGAAAUAUUCUCUCCAAUACGGUGGAUGGUACGACAUUGCACUUCUCAAGGCAAGAAGCUUUCUUAUUUUUGUCUCUUGCACGCAGUUGUAUCGUUUUGAAUGA